AUGGGAAAUUUACAAUUUUAUCCAUCUAUCCGAAGCAGUACUGAGCAGCUGUGGUGAGGGUGAAUUUGUCAUUUUGCUCGAGGGACCACGCGCCGCUUUCCGACCUCAGUUCAUUCGACGAAUGCCAUUCAACUUCUCGACCAACGACGAGAAUCGUAAAACCAAGGCUUCAUUCGUCGAGUUAUAGGUUUUUAGUAAACGGUCGGAAAUUGAAAUCGAGGUCUGUUACUUCUUAGCCUCUUGGUCGGAUCUGAUUUUUGCUCAGACGUUGAACAUUCCGAGUUUCGAUCGCGGGGAGAGUUUGGGAACCCUCGGGAGAGCAUUUAUCUGCUGACGAGAAGAUUUCAGGUUGUCGGAGGAUUCGGUGAUCGUCUGGGAUUUGACUCGGAGAGGAUUUUGAAGGAUAAUUUGGGUUUUCGAACUCGAUUUCACCUGAAAUGUCGGACGCUCUUUCUGCGAUUCCGGCUGCUGUUCAUCGCAAUCUUUCCGACAAGUUGUAUGAGAAGCGGAAGAAUGCCGCUCUUGAGCUGGAGGGGAUUGUGAAGAGUCUAGUUGCUGCGGGAGAUCAUGAAAAGAUGUCGAAAAUUAUCGAGUUGUUGAUAAAAGAAUUUGCAAAAUCACCUCAAACAAAUCAUCGGAAGGGUGGUUUGAUCGGCUUAGCUGCUGUAACAGUUGGGUUGUCUUCAGAAGCUGCUCAAUAUCUCGAGCAAAUAGUACCGCCUGUGAUUAAUUCCUUUUCUGAUCAAGAUAGCCGAGUUCGAUACUAUGCUUGUGAAGCUCUCUAUAAUAUUGCAAAGGUUGUGAGGGGCGAUUUCAUUAUUUUCUUUAAUGAUAUUUUUGAUGCUUUGUGCAAACUCUCAGCAGAUUCUGAUGCCAACGUGCAAAGUGCUGCUCACCUUUUAGAUCGCCUUGUCAAGGAUAUUGUUACAGAAAGCGAUCAGUUCAGUAUUGAGGAAUUUAUACCUCUCUUAAAAGAGCGCAUGAACGUUCUAAACCCUUAUGUUCGGCAAUUUCUGGUUGGGUGGAUCACUGUGCUUGACAGUGUUCCGGACAUUGAUAUGCUUGGUUUCCUUCCAGACUUUCUUGAUGGCUUGUUCAAUAUGUUGAGUGACUCCAGUCAUGAAAUUCGGCAACAAGCGGACUCAGCUCUUUCAGAGUUUCUCCAAGAGAUAAAAAAUUCACCAUCUGUAGAUUAUGGUCGCAUGGCUGAAAUAUUAGUGCAGAGGGCUUCUUCACCUGAUGAAUUCACUCGAUUAACAGCAAUCACAUGGAUAAACGAGUUUGUAAAACUUGGGGGUGACCAGCUUGUCCAUUAUUAUGCGGAUAUUCUUGGAGCUAUUCUGCCUUGUAUAUCUGAUAAAGAAGAGAAAAUCAGGGUGGUUGCUCGUGAAACCAAUGAAGAACUCCGGUCAAUCCAAGUGGAGCCCUCAGAUGGCUUUGAUGUCGGGGCAGUUCUCUCUGUAGCUAGGAGGCAACUAUCAAGUGAAUGGGAGGCUACUCGAAUUGAAGCAUUGAACUGGAUAUCAACACUUCUGAACAAGCAUCGUUCUGGGGUGUUAUGCUUUCUAAAUGACAUUUUUGACACCCUUCUGAAAGCACUAUCUGAUCCGUCCGAUAAUGUGGUGCUCUUGGUCCUGGAGGUUCAUGCUGGUGUAGCAAAAGAUGCACAGCACUUUCGCCACCUCAUUGUCUUUCUAGUCCAUAAUUUUCGUAUUGAUAAUUCUCUUCUGGAGAGGCGAGGUGCUCUUAUAAUUAGGCGACUUUGUGUGCUUUUGGAUGCUGAAAGAGUUUACCGAGAACUUUCAAAUAUACUCGAGGGAGAAUCGGAGCUGGAUUUUGCUUCUACCAUGGUUCAGGCAUUGAAUUUAAUUUUGCUUACUUCCCCCGAGCUAUCAAAACUCCGAGACCUUUUAAAACAUUCUCUUGUCAACCACGAAGGGAAAGGCCUUUUUGUCGCCUUGUACGCUUCAUGGUGCCAUUCACCCAUGGCAAUAAUAAGUCUUUGCUUACUAGCUCAGGCAUACCAACAUGCAAUUAUGGUAAUUCAAUCUUUGGUUGAGGAAGACAUUAACGUUAAAUUCCUGGUCCAGCUGGAUAAAUUGAUCCGGCUGCUGGAAACUCCGAUUUUUACUUACCUUAGAUUGCAGCUUCUGGAACCAGGAAGAUGCAUUUGGUUACUGAAAACACUUUAUGGUCUUCUAAUGUUACUUCCCCAGCAAAGUGAAGCAUUUAAGAUUCUAAGAACCCGGCUCAAGACCGUACCAUCAUACUCCAUCAGAGGUGAAAAACUGAGCCGAGCAUCUUCAGGAGGAGUCCCCUUCUGCCAAUACCUACACCACGGAUCACAAUUCGAAGAGGACAGUAACAUAGACGAUGAAGAAACGAGCAAUUCCCAUUCCCACCGAGGCAUUAACUUUGCUGCGAGGCUGCAGCAGUUUCAGAAAGUGCAGAAUCAGCACCGUGAGCAUGUAAAAGCUCGAGCGAGCUCACAGAACAACAGCAUGAGUUCCUCUACUUCGAAUUCAGAGGUACUUCCCAUUUCGCAUACUGACAUGGCUGUUUCACGGAUUAGAGAACUUAAUAUAAACGGUUAGGACAAGGGUCAAGAAAAAAGAACCGUUAAUAGUUACAGCUUUUAUCCGGCAUUGUAUUUGCUGCCUCCUUUUCUUCGUUCGGACACCAAUCAAAAGGUCCCUCGCCUUGUAUCUGAUUCUCUCCCCACUUGUAAAAUUGUAUAUCUUUAGUAAGUCUGAGUUCUUUGAUUUUACGCUU